AUGCUUCGAGUGAUUGUAGAAUCUGCCAGUAAUGUCCCCAAAACGAAAUUUGGGAAACCGGAUCCUAUUGUUUCUGUUAUUUUUAAGGAUGAGAAAAAGAAAACAAAGAAAGUUGAUAAUGAGCUCAACCCUGUCUGGAAUGAGAUUAUAGAGUUUGACUUGAGGGGUGUACCCCUGGACAUUUCAUCUUCCCUGGGAAUCGUUGUGAAAGAUUUUGAGACAAUUGGACAAAAUAAGUUGAUUGGCACGGCGGCUGUACCCCUGAAGGACCUGAUUGGUGACCAGAGUAGAUCGCUGCCCUACAAACUCACCCCCCUGCUAAACGAAAGGGGCCAAGAGACUGGGGCCACCAUUGACUUGGUGAUUGGCUAUGAUCCACCUUCAGCUCCACAUCCAAAUGACCCAAGUGGGACCAGCAUGACAGUCAUGGGAGGAGAUGAGGAAGAUGAUGAAGGUGAUGAAGGCAGGGUGGAAGGUACCAUCAGGGAUCCUGGGUCUGGGAUGCCUACUGGGACAAGGCCGGGAGCUCAGCUGGCUCAGAGGCUCACCAAAGGAAAGAACAGCCGGCGGAUGCUGUCCAACAAGCCACAGGACUUCCAGAUCCGAGUCAGAGUGAUUGAGGGCCGACAGUUAAGUGGCAACAACAUUAGACCUGUGGUCAAAGUUCACGUCUGUGGCCAGACGCACCGAACAAGAAUCAAGAGGGGAAACAACCCAUUUUUUGAUGAGUUAUUUUUCUACAACGUCCACAUGACCCCCUCUGAAUUGAUGGAUGAACUCAUCAGCAUUCGGGUUUAUAAUUCCCAUUCUUUGCGGGCAGAUUGUCUGAUGGGGGAAUUUAAGAUUGAUGUUGGAUUCGUUUAUGAUGAACCUGGUCAUGCAGUCAUGAGAAAAUGGCUGCUUCUCAAUGAUCCAGAAGAUUCCAGCUCAGGUGCUAAAGGUUACAUGAAAGUCAGCAUGUUUAUCCUGGGAACCGGAGAUGAGCCUCCUCCUGAGAGACAAGAUCGUGAUAAUGACAGUGAUGAUGUGGAGAGUAAUUUGUUACUCCCUGCUGGCAUUGCUCUCCGCUGGGUGACCUUCUUGCUGAAAAUCUACAGAGCUGAAGACAUCCCCCAGAUGGAUGAUGCCUUCUCACAGACAGUGAAGGAAAUAUUUGGAGGGAAUGCAGAUAAGAAAAAUCUAGUGGAUCCUUUUGUAGAAGUUUCCUUUGCUGGAAAAAAGGUUUGUACAAAUAUAAUUGAGAAAAAUGCAAAUCCUGAGUGGAAUCAAGUCGUUAAUCUUCAAAUCAAGUUUCCUUCAGUGUGUGAAAAAAUAAAGCUAACCAUAUAUGACUGGUGAGUUAAGCAUAGACUUGUAAGUAAUGAGAUUGCUGACACAACCUACUUGCCUAUAUCAAGCAUUAUGGUUUUCCCCAAAUGUGAUGAUAAUGCUUAUAUCUCAGCAAAUACAGGCGAAACAGAGGUGGGCUUUGUUCCAACAUUUGGACCUUGUUAUCUGAACCUUUAUGGAAGCCCUAGAGAAUACACAGGAUUCCCAGACCCUUAUGAUGAACUGAAUACUGGAAAGGUUAGUUUCUCAAUUAAGGUUAAAUACCAGCGAAGGAGGAAGUACAGCCUCUCUGCUGUGUUCCAUUCAGCCACCAUGUUACAAGAUGUUGGCGAGGCCAUUCAGUUUGAAGUUAGCAUUGGAAACUAUGGCAACAAGUUUGACACAACCUGUAAGCCAUUGGCAUCAACAACUCAAUACAGCCGCGCCAUAUUUGAUGGGAACUUCUAUUACUACUUAUCUUGGGCCCAAACGAAGCCCGUUGUUACUCUGACAUCAUACUGGGAGGAUAUUAGUCAUCGCCUGGAUGCAGUGAACACUCUCCUAGUUAUGGCAGAACGGCUGCAAUCAAACAUUGAGACUCUAAAAUCAGGGAUGCAAAGUAAAAUUCCUGCAAACCAGUUGGCCGAAUUGUGGUGGAAGCUGAUAGAUGAAGUUAUAGAAGACACAAGAUACACGUUGCCUCUUGUGGAAGGAAAACCUAAUGUCACAAUUCUUGAUGCCCAGAUCCACAAGUUGCGGUCCAGAUCUCUCUCUCAGAUACACGAGGCAGCUGUGAGGAUGAGGUCUGGAGACAUAGAUGUGAAGUCUGCAUUGGCUGAAGUCGAGGAGUGGCUUGAUAAAUUAAUGCAGCUGACUGAAGAGCCACAAAACAGUAUGCCAGACAUUAUCAUCUGGAUGAUCCGGGGAGAGAAAAGACUGGCCUAUGCACGAGUUCCCGCACAUCAGGUUUUAUAUUCCACUAGUGGCGAGAACGCAUCUGGGAAACACUGUGGGAAAACCCAAACCAUCUUUCUGAAGUAUCCACAGGAAAAAAACAGUGGGCCAAAGGUGCCUGCGGAAUUGCGUGUCAACAUCUGGCUGGGCUUAAGUGCUGUCGAGAAGAAGUUCAAUAGCUUUGCGGAAGGAACAUUCACCGUCUUUGCUGAAAUGUAUGAAAAUCAAGCUCUCAUGUUUGGAAAAUGGGGCACUUCUGGAUUAGUGGGUCGUCAUAAAUUUUCUGAUGUCACAGGAAAAAUAAAGCUUAAGAGGGAGUUCUUCUUGCCUCCAAAAGGCUGGGAAUGGGAAGGAGACUGGAUAGUUGAUCCUGAAAGAAGCUUGCUGACCGAGGCGGACGCCGGUCACACGGAGUUCACUGACGAAGUGUAUCAGAACGAGAGUCGCUACCCUGGGGGCGAGUGGAAGCCGGCCGAGGACACCUACACUGACGCGAAUGGCGAUAAAGCAGCAUCACCUGGCGAGCUGACUUGCCCCCCAGGUUGGGAAUGGGAAGACGAUGCAUGGGUAUAUGACAUAAAUCGAGCGGUGGACGAGAAAGGCUGGGAGUAUGGAAUUACCAUUCCUCCUGAUAAUAAACCCAAAUCCUGGGUUGCAGCAGAGAAAGUGUAUCACACUCAUAGACGGCGAAGGCUGAUCCGAAAACGCAAGAAAGAUUUAACACAAAGUGCUUCGAGUACUGCAAGGGCUGUGAGUGAAUUUGAAGACCGGGAGGGCUGGGAAUAUGCUUCUUUAAUUGGCUGGAAAUUUCACUGGAAGCAACGUAAUUCAGAUACCUUUCGCCGCAGACGCUGGAGGAGAAAAAUGGCACCUUCAGAAACACAUGGGGCAGCUGCCAUCUUUAAACUUGAAGGUGCCCUUGGCACUGACACUACUGUGGAUGGAGAGGAAAAGAGCAUGGAGAAACAGAAGCACAGCGCCACCACUGUGUUUGGAGCAAACACUCCCAUUGUUUCCUGUAAUUUUGACAGAGUCUACCUUUACCAUCUGCGCUGCUACAUCUAUCAAGCCAGAAACCUCAUGGCUUUAGACAAGGAUAGCUUUUCAGAUCCUUAUGCUCAUGUCUCCUUCCUCCAUCGAAGCAAAACAACUGAGAUCAUCCACUCAACCUUGAACCCCACAUGGGACCAAACAAUUAUAUUUGAUGAAAUUGAAAUCUAUGGAGAACCCCAGACAGUCCUACAGAACCCACCCAAAGUUGUCAUCGAACUUUUUGACAAUGACCAAGUGAGCAAAGAUGAAUUUUUAGGACGCAGUAUUUUCUCUCCUCUGGUGAAACUAAACUCAGAAAUGGACAUCACCCCCAAACUUCUCUGGCACCCAGUAAUAAAUGGAGACAAGGCCUGUGGGGAUGUCCUUGUAACUGCAGAGCUGAUUCUGAGGGACAAGGAUGGCUCCAACCUUCCCAUUCUUCCCUCACAAAGGGCACCAAAUCUAUACAUGGUCCCCCAGGGAAUCAGACCUGUGGUUCAACUCACUGCUAUUGAGAUUCUAGCUUGGGGCUUAAGAAAUAUGAAAAACUACCAGAUGGCUUCAAUCACCUCCCCUAGUCUGGUUGUCGAGUGUGGAGGAGAAAGGGUAGAAUCAGUGGUGAUCAAAAACCUGAAGAAGACACCCAACUUUCCAAGUUCCGUUCUCUUCAUGAAAGUGUUCCUACCCAAGGAAGAAUUGUACAUGCCUCCUCUGGUGAUCAAGGUCAUCGACCACAGGCAGUUUGGACGGAAGCCAGUUGUUGGCCAGUGCACCAUCGACUACCUGGACCGCUUCCGCUGUGACCCUUAUGCGGCAAAGGAGGACAUUGUGCCACAGCUAAAAGCCUCACUUAUGUCUGCCCCACCUUGCCGGGAUGUCAUCAUUGAAGUAGAAGAUACCAAACCAUUGUUGGCUUCCAAGCUGACAGAAAAGGAGGAAGAAAUCGUUGACUGGUGGAGUAAAUUUUAUGCUUCCACAGGGGAACAUGAAAAAUGUGGACAAUAUAUUCAAAAAGGCUACUCCAAACUCAAGAUAUAUGAUUGUGAACUAGAGAAAGUACCAGAAUUUGAAAGCCUCACUGACUUCUCAGAUACUUUCAAGCUGUACCGAGGCAAAUUCGAUGAGAAUGAUGAUCCUUCUGUGGUGGGAGAGUUUAAGGGUUCCUUCAGAAUCUAUCCGCUGUCGGAUGACCCCAGCGUGCCGGCCCCACCCAGGCAGUUUCGGGAAUUACCUGACAGUGUCCCACAGGAAUGCACGGUUAGGAUUUACAUUGUUCGAGGCUUAGCACUCCAGCCCCAGGACAACAAUGGCCUGUGUGACCCUUAUAUAAAAAUAACUCUGGGCAAAAAAGUCGUUGAAGAUCGAGACCACUAUAUUCCCAAUACUCUCAACCCAGUUUUCGGCAGAAUGUAUGAACUGAGUUGCUACUUACCUCAAGAAAAAGACCUGAAAAUUUCUGUUUAUGAUUAUGACACCUUUACUCGUGAUGAAAAAGUGGGAGAGACAAUUAUUGAUCUGGAAAACCGAUUCCUUUCCCGGUUUGGGUCCCACUGUGGCAUACCUGAGCGGUAUUGUAUUUCUGGAGUAAAUACCUGGCGAGAUCAGUUGAGACCAACACAGCUGCUUCAAAAUGUCGCCAGAUUUAAGGGCUUCCCACCACCCAUCCUUUCUGAAGAUGGGAGUAGAAUCAGAUAUGGAGGACAAGACUACAGUUUGGAUGAAUUUGAAGCCAACAAAAUUCUGCACCGACACCUCGGGGCCCCUGAUGAGCGUCUUGCCCUUCACAUCCUUAGGACUCAGGGGCUGGUCCCUGAACACGUGGAAACAAGGACUUUGCACAGCACCUUCCAGCCCAAUAUUUCCCAGGGAAGACUUCAGAUGUGGGUGGAUGUUUUCCCCAAGAGUUUGGGACCACCAGGCCCUCCUUUCAAUAUCACACCCCGGAAAGCCAAGAAAUACUACCUGCGUGUGAUCAUCUGGAACACCAAGGAUGUUAUCUUGGAUGAGAAAAGCAUCACAGGAGAGGAGAUGAGCGACAUCUAUGUCAAAGGCUGGAUUCCUGGCAAUGAAGAAAACAAACAGAAAACAGAUGUCCAUUACAGGUCCUUGGAUGGCGAAGGGAAUUUUAACUGGAGAUUCGUUUUCCCAUUUGACUACCUCCCAGCUGAACAACUCUGCAUUGUUGCUAAAAAAGAGCAUUUCUGGAGUCUCGACCAAACUGAGUUUCGGGUCCCACCCAGACUGAUCAUUCAGAUAUGGGAUAAUGACAAGUUUUCUCUGGAUGACUACUUGGGUUACCUGGAACUUGAUUUGCAUCACACAACCAUGCCAGCAAAAUCAUCAGAGAAAUGCCACUUGGACAUGAUCCAGGACCUCAAAACAAUGGACCCCCUUAAAGCUAAGACAGUCUCGCUCUUUGAACAGAAGUCCAUGAAAGGAUGGUGGCCAUGCUAUGCAGAUAAAGAUGGCUGCCGCAUCAUGGCUGGGAAAGUGGAGAUGACAUUGGAAAUCCUCAACGAGAAGGAGGCCGAUGAGAGGCCAGCCGGGAAGGGACGGGAUGAACCCAACAUGAACCCCAAGCUGGACCCACCGAACCGACCAGAAACCUCCUUCCUCUGGUUCACCAACCCGUGUAAGACCAUGAAGUUCAUCGUGUGGCGGCGAUUUAAGUGGGUUAUCAUCGGCCUGCUGAUCCUGCUGGUCCUGCUGUUCUUUGUGGCCGUGUUCCUGUACUCCUUACCGAACUAUUUGUCAAUGAAGAUUGUGAAACCAAAUGCAUAAUAAAACCAAAGACUUCUUUUCAAGAGUCAUGCAGCCAUGAAGGAGUCCUGCCUUCAUUUAUGGAACAAAAUCAAGUGUCAGUUUGUUUGCAUCUGAGACCACAGACCCAUGACAUAUUACCUUCCUUCACCAGGCCUAUCAGUUCUUAGAAGGUCCAAGUCCUAGAAAGCCAAGCCAACAAGCAACAUUUUAUCCUAUUAUCUUUUAAAGUAUUAAAAACAUUGUUUUCUAAAGUUUUAACAAUAUUUUUCAGGACAUUUUCAAGGUGGCUGGUUCCAUUUUAAAAUCAUCUUUUUAUGUGUCGUUAGUUCUGUAAUUCAGUUUUUGGAAAUCACUGAAAUGGAAUUGAAAAUUUCUGUGUCUUGACUUCGUACACUGCUUAUUUGUAAUCAACAAAAAGGGCUGCACAUUAUAAAAACAGAAUAGUGAGAGUAAUUCUUAUUUAUGCCUGUAACCAUUGUUAUGAUAUUUUGUAUGGACAAACUUCAUGAGACUCUGUUUACCUCUGAAGUAUACCCAAAUAAAAAUGUUUCACCUUU